GUGGUUAUCGGUAGGAAAAAUAAAAUUAAAUCUUUGAAAGAUCAAAUGCAAGAAACUGAAGUUGCAGUAUAUAUAAAAAGAAACUGUGCAUACACAGAUGAAAAUAAAGAAAAAUGAAUCCUAUAUACUCCUAUGUUUCUUUAGGGGGAUGAAUGUUUAAAAAAAUGUUUAUUUUUUUAAUCCUUUAUACCAGUGAUAUUUCAUGUCUUUAUACUGUGAGCUCCGAUGAAACGUUAGCUCCAAAAACCAGUCGAAAAUGAUUUCAACUUUUAUUUCUGGAAACAGAAUACGUACAUUACUUUGUAUGUAAGAAGUUCUUAAUUACUCCACUUACCUAAAAAGAAAAGUUGUUAAUAUAAAAAUUUAAUUUCAUUAUUCAAAGCCUCAAACAACACGUAACACACAAAGAAUCGAUUGCUUACUUUACAGCUCCACAAACGGGAAGCUUCGACUCCUCUACUUGUCUUCACCACUCUAGUUCCGAAUUCGCGCUCAAACUGUUCGAUGAAAUGUCUGUAGCUUGCGGUGUGGAAUGCGUCGUCGUUUUGGGGUGCCUCCGGUGGGUGUGGAAGCGCUGCACCUACAUCGGCUCCUACGACAGCGAGAGCUGGGCCACCGCCACCGCCGACGAAUUCGACUCCGUGCCCCGCCUCUGCCGCGUCAUACUCGCCGUCUACGAACCCGAUUUGCGCUGCCCUAAGUUCUCCCCCGCCGGCGGCUACCGCCUCAACCCCGAUUGGGUGGUCAAGCGCGUCUCCUACGAGCAGACCCUCGGCCACGCUCCGCCCUACCUGAUCUACGCCGAUCACGAGAAUCGUGAGAUCGUGAUGGCCAUCCGCGGCAUGAAUCUGCUCAACGAGAGCGAUUACAAGCUGCUGCUGGACAAUAGGUUGGGGAAGCAGAUGUUUGAUGGCGGCUACGUGCACUACGGGCUGCUGAAGUCGGCGACGUGGGUGCUGAACGCCGAGUCGGAGACGCUGCGGCGCCUGUGGGAGGAGAAUGGGAGGUGUUACAAGAUGGUUUUCGUGGGGCAUUCAUUGGGGUCCGGCGUGGCGGCUUUGUUGAGCGUGAUUGUGGUGAACCAUGGGGAUCAGUUGGGGGGGAUUCCGAGGAGCUUCGUCAAGUGUUACGCGGUGGCGCCGGCGCGGUGUAUGUCGCUCAACUUGGCGGUCAAGUAUGCCGAUGUUAUCAACUCUGUUAUUUUGCAGGACGAUUUCUUGCCUAGAACACCCACCCCAUUGGAGGACAUCUUCAAGUCUGUUUUCUGUUUGCCCUGCUUAUUGUUUUUGGUCUGUCUGAGGGAUACAUUCAUACCUGAAGGUAGAAAGCUCAGGGAUCCAAGAAGACUAUAUGCACCUGGCCGUAUAUAUCAUAUCGUGGAGAGAAAAUUUUGCAGAUGUGGGAGAUUUCCACCAGAGGUCAGGACUGCUAUUCCUGUCGAUGGCAGAUUUGAGCAUAUUGUCUUGUCGUGCAAUGCAACAUCCGAUCAUGCUAUUAUCUGGAUAGAACGAGAGGCAGAAAAGGCCUUGGGAAGUUUAAAGGAGCAUGAUGCAGAGACCAUAACAACUCCACCUAAAGUGCAGAAGCUCGACCGGAUGCUGACACUAGAGAAAGAACACAAGGAUGCAUUAGAGCGAGCUGUCAGUUUGAAUAUACCUCAUGCUGUGACGUCCGCUGAGGAGGGAUCUGCAGCAGGCAAAGAACCUCAUGAAGACGAGACUGGGCUGGGUUCACAAACAGAUAAAUCAUUCUGUAAAAAUGCUAGGACCAAUUGGAAUGAAGCGGUUGAGAAACUCUUCCAUAAAAGCGAGUCAGGGAAGCUGCUGCUCAAGAGGGACGAUUCUGCUACUGAAAGUGGCUCUGGAUCAACAGAUGGGUAAUCGCAGUAAACCGCAUCGUAUUUUUAGAUUUCUUACCAUUCUUUCUUGCACAGGAAUUGUAUUACUUUUGUUUUGUUCAGCUGUAAAUUUUGCAAACAUGAUGUUUGUGAGAUGUUUGUGAUUUUCAAUAUCCUCCAAGACCCAAAGAUAUAUACAUUGACGAUAUGCUUUUUUUUUU